AUGUUUUAUAUUUUGCUACAAUACUGUCGACUAUUGAAUGAAAAAAUAACUCAACAUUUGAAUCACCAGAUUAUAGUACAUUAUACGUCCAUUGAUCCCAAGAAGAAAGCAAACGCUGCAUUUCUUUUAGGAUGUUACGGAGUCCUGUAUCUGAGUUUAAGUCCAAGAGAUGCUUUGAAGCCACUACAAAUACACGGUCAAAACUACAGACCAUUUCAAGAUGCAACCCAAGGUGACUCGAGUUUUACAAUAUCGUUGCUGGAUUGUUUACAAGCAAUUAAAAAGGCUAGAGAAUUGGGAUUCUUUAACUUUCAGGAUUUUAAUUAUGAGGAAUACGAAAGAUUGGACAAAAUACAAGGCGGUGAUUUAAACUGGAUUAUUCCUGGGAAAUUUCUAGCGUUUAUCGGACCAGUUGACUACAGUAUUUCUUUGUAUCAUCCGCCAGAAAUGUAUCUUGAUUACUUUUUAGAGAACAAUGUGAAAAUCGUAAUACGUUUGAAUAAAAGAUUAUAUGAUGCAAAUGUAUUCAAUAAUGUUGGGAUAGUACACUAUGACUUGUUUUUCAUCGAUGGUUCUUGCCCUUCUCGAACCAUAUUAUUCAAGUUUCUUCAAAUCAGCGAAGAGGCCGACUGCGCCAUCGCUGUCCAUUGCAAGGCAGGUUUAGGGCGCACGGGCUCGCUGAUUGGAUGUUACCUUAUCAAGCAUUACAAAAUGACAUCUCACGAAGCCAUUGGAUGGAUGAGAAUUUGUAGACCAGGUUCUGUUAUUGGACAUCAGCAGGGCUGGCUGGAGCAACUUGAGCCGUGGUUAAUCAAGCAAGGGAACAUUUAUAGACGACACUCGUGUCACGACCCAGACAAGUUGCCAUACCACGAGUUUGGUAUCUACUCAAUAGCUGAGCAGAGCAAGAAGCAACGACCCUUGGUAUUCAAGAAAUCGCCAUCACCGCCUCCACCGUUACAGCAACCAAAUAAACGGCCAAGCGACACACUCUCUCCAGGAAGACCACAGAAUUCACGGAUCAAAGAAGCUAUUAACAAGGCGGCCGAGAAGGAGCGCGACUGGCGCAUGAAAUGGAAAAGUUUUAGCAAUAACCAAAAGAUACCUUUUAGAGGGGGGUCGAGAGAACAAUUCGAGACACAAGAUGCUAAAUCACAACGAAGUAGUGGCGCUGGGGAGCCAAAAGCUGGUCGGCCGGCACCUCAAAGUUCAACACAAUCGCAAUAUGAGUCUGCAAAAUCAAAUUCCAGUCAAGUCAGUCGGAAUGUGUCACCUAUCACAACAUUCCGAACCAGCCAAGCACCUCUAAUAAAAAGCGUUAAUGAUGCUAAAAAUUAUUUAAUGCGAAGCAGCAUAUAUAAUCGAGAAAGAGAUAAAAUUCUGAAUUCAAGCAUUACAGUCACUUCUUCAGGGCGAUUAGUAAAUAACAUGUCUACAUCUCCUUGUAGUGUAAGCGUUGCACCAAUGGCCAGGCCAACAGCAGCACCUAAGAUGUCUCAAACUUAUCGAAGACGCUUAGGACGAAGUCCGAGCCCACCACCUAGGUCGACUCAGGAGCAAACUAGGGCCACCAACACGCCUUCAACAACUGAGAAAGUUAUUCCGAAAAAUAUGUCGAAGUCCUCAAUAAAAGGUGUUUUGUCAAGAUUAAAAUGUAAGUGUCCUAAUCGUAUGUCCUUCAUUUUAGAUGGAAUUGGAUCGUUGCUCUUUUUUACAUAA